CCUGCUUGCUGCUGCCUACCCGCCCUUAUCUUUACUUCCUGUCGCUUUCCGCUGACAUUGCUGCAGUUCUAACGGCAACUUUUUGCACCACACCGAGCUUGCUGGACGUAUAAAGUAGCAGCCAAGCAAACCGCUUACACCUGUAGCCACUAUCCGUGUCGGUUAUCUGUGAGGCAAACACGACGAUUGUUCUCUGUCUUAUGUUCUCUGCUUGCGGUCCUAGCCGUGGCGACGAGCUCCUUUGAAACACUUUCAGAGUCCUUUGGCUGGUAAUCUAUCUAUUAUCACCUCACAAGCCAUCAGCAAUUAUCUCCCUUCCUUCCUUCCUCCUCUGCCGCACCCCGCAGAGACAUCCUCCAGUGAUCUCCUUAUAAAUUACUGCCCAUACCCCGCAGAUCCUCCAGUACAUCCACCAUCUAUCGUUUCCCUUCUCCCCGGCCCGCUUCUUCAAAAGAAGCCUCGACAAUCGCAACUCGCAACGCAAUCCCACACCGUCCAGGAUCAGCUGUCGGUGUCCACGCAGAUAACGUCAUUGCCGUCUGUAUUCGUUGAUCCUUCGCUUUUUUCGGCGAGACGAAAGGCAGUUCUGCAACGUGUUUUGGGUGGCAACGCUGCUAACACUUUGACACACGUCCCAAGCAAAAAGCGGUAUAAAUACCAAAAAAGGACGGAGACUGGGUUGCAAUUCAGACAGCUCUCCCUACACAACUUAGUCCUCAAGCAUCCACGACUUGGCUCCAGUCUUAGAACCCGUCCUGUUAUACUUGUGAUACCAUUACACAUAUACCCUAUCCGUUCAGGCAACCAAUCAAUUCCAUUGCCCACCAUAAUGUGCUUUGCUCAGAACACUUUUAUCUCCUCGCCAGUGAACCAUCACUCCCACUCACAGUCAUGCUCUGCGCCCAUGUGCUCUUACACAGACGGGAACUAUCCGGAUGAUCAUGUAUGCGAGUGUGGCAGCUGCAAGUGUCUAGUGGUCACCAAAAACAAGCUCUGCGUAAACUGUAAAAAGGGCAACCAUGCAUAACGAAGGCUGGUGCAAUUAACAGAUCAGAGAUCUCCUUUUUGUCCAGCGAAGACGCAGAGAAGAUGUUUGUGAAACGGCACAUUAACGAACACAGUCUUAUAUGACGUCGUUUCUCUUCGUUUGUUCAUCAACAUUAUCGAUCAGGGGUUUUGACUGAGGCGAGAGAGCGUUGAAUGUCGAGCGCUAGAUUGAAGUCUCAAGCGCUAUAGAAGACUUGCGCAACAAGAGUUAUACAUACAAGUACAGAAUUUGGACAUAAUAGUCUGGGCUGGGUUAUGCAUUGAUUGCGUGAAGCACACGCUGAGGUACGCAUGGAAAAAGAA